UUUCCUCCUCCUCUUCCAGCGGCGACAAACGCAGAGAAUCGACAGAGGAGAAUUGAGCAAAUUAUCUACUUUUCCACUCUCCUUCUUGGACGGUAACGAUCGGCAAGGUCUCGGCUCUUGCCCCAUCGAUAUCGAACGAGCCUCGGGCGCCCUGAUUGUUGUCAACAACCAGGAAAGCAGGGCCUGUGUUUUGGUGGGGGUGGGGUUGGGGGAUCCCUGGCGGAUGAUGUCCUUUUCUGCGUGCCGGUGAGGAGCAGCGCCGAUCUCAUCUUCUUUCCAGCAGCUUUAGUUGUUGUUGUCGCAACCCGGUUGAUGCGGAGGUGAUGGACGGUCCUCUCCGCCGCCCAGCAGGGAUCCUUGGCUCCCCCACGGCUUCAGGGAGCCAACCUGCGGGCUCAGAAAUGCUCACCUCCGGCGGCAGCAGCAAGCCUCUCGCUUUCUCCAUCGACCGGAUUAUGGCCAGGACACCCGAGCCCAAGUCAAUACCGCUCCCCAACUGGUUUCAGUCCGCUCCAGUGGGGAAACCCGAAGCAUAUCCGUCCUCGCUGCAUUGCAUGAUCCCGCUGGUACCGCUCGGCUAUGAGCCGGGACACCGGCUCAGUAUCACAGGGCUGGAUCCGGGCCACUUAGACGCGUCUUCUCUCCCGGCUCCCGCAGAAUUUUUGGGGUUUGGGCUAAACUAUAAAAAUCAACAAGAAGACACUGCUGUCAGCCAAACCACCGGGCAGUACAAACUCUUCAGACCCAGGGUGGUAAACCAGUCCUCUUUUCCCACGAUGGGCACUGUUUGCUACCUGAAUUGCAGCGGGGAUUCCGGAGCGUGUCCACCGCCGGCUGGCCUGGUGAACCUGCACCCUAUGGCCUCGUACCUGUUCACUGCCCGACAUAAAGCUUUCAUGGCAGAGAAGAGCAAGACCGGCAUGCAACAGGCCGCGGAGCGGUACGCGGGUUCCGGCGUGCAGGCCUUCAAGGAUCUAUCUCCGAACCAGAUUCACUACAUAAAGCAGAGGGACCAGAUCCUGAGUGACAAGAUUUUCAAGGGCUCCGCGACAGCUGCAGCGGCAAGCGCCAGGCUCAGCGGCUCCUGUCCCGGUAGCAAGCCCAAAGUUUUUACCUGUGAGGUCUGCGGUAAGGUCUUUAACGCGCACUACAACCUGACCCGCCACAUGCCCGUACACACAGGCGCUCGACCAUUCGUGUGCAAAGUUUGCGGGAAGGGAUUCCGACAGGCCAGCACGCUGUGCCGGCACAAAAUCAUCCACACUCAGGAAAAGCCUCACAAGUGUAACCAGUGCGGAAAAGCCUUUAACAGGAGUUCAACCCUCAACACGCACACACGCAUCCAUGCAGGAUACAAACCAUUCGUGUGCGAGUUCUGUGGGAAGGGAUUUCACCAAAAAGGAAACUACAAAAACCACAAGCUGACACACAGUGGCGAGAAGCAGUUCAAGUGCUCCAUCUGCAGCAAGGCAUUUCAUCAGGUGUACAACCUCACCUUCCACAUGCACACCCACAACGAUAAGAAACCCUUCACCUGCCCAACCUGUGGCAAGGGCUUCUGCAGGAACUUUGACCUGAAGAAACACGUCAGAAAGCUACAUGACCCAGCCGGCGCACAGUCUCCCCCACAGAUGUAAAAACCUGAACACUGACUCUGAAGCCCCAGCACACCAAAAUGCAUAGUCAACAAUUACAUUUCAGCCAAGCUACAUGUAAAAUAAGCUACACUUUGGUCCUUAGACUUAAGAAGCCCUGUAGGUGGUAAGGGGAAGGUUUUUCAUAAAUCAGCCAUAUGCAUGUGUUUAGAAUUUGUGCACUUUUUUCAUCCAAAUUAAUGCACCAGUUUAUCAGUAAGUGAGACUGGAA